AUGCACUUACGUGGACUGAUCGGAGAUUCAGAGCUUUGUGGAAAAGUAUUGGAACGUGUUUCGGAACAACUCUCAAAUUGUCCAUGGUUGAAGAAUAGAGGUACGAUAUUACACUGGAUAAUAAUCAAUCUUGUGUCUUUUGUAACAAAAAGUUUGUUAUAUUUUAUUUAUCUGCAGUGUUUUGUACUGAAAAAUUAAAAACUAGUGACACUGACGAUUGGAAUGACUACGUAACAUCUAGUUCUCCAUCUGACGAUGAAUUGGUUAAUCAAUGUCGCGAAAAAAAAAUUUAA